CGUAGGUCACUAGUAUUCGAUCAUAGGUGUCUUCGAAGCAUUGCUCGUAUAUCCUGGGACCACUAAGUAAGUAAUGCAGUUGUUAGGGGACGGGUACUAGGUAAGGAUGGCAAAUCAAUUGAUGAAGUAGUGAAACUUCUUCAGCAGCGGCAAGAUCAAAACAUAGCACAAAUCCAUGAAGUCAUUGACAAGUGGACUGAGCCAUGUUGGUAGGUAAAGACUACCUGGUUGGGAUCCGCUAGACGACAGCAACCGAUGGUUAGGCCUUGAAUGACAUGACUAAAAAUCGUUUGCAAUGGCACAGGUGCAUCCACUCGUUUUGUUUUCCCAAAUUCUAAUCUUCUGAAUUCUUAUGUCCAUUUUUUUCUCUUAUCAAAUUUAUUUCACUGGAUUAUGCUCUUUGAAUAACACCUUCAAACCCUAAUUUUUCCGAUUACUGCCUAUACUUUUACUACCUCUACCACUAAAGUAUUUGAAUCGACACUUGUAUCUCUGUGUUAAUGUGGAAUGGUAUCUCAAGCUAAUGUAUGUACGUACGAAGUUAUUUGUUGACUGACUGACUGAAUUCACAACAGCUUUUGAGGAAAAACUAUCAUUCUUAUGUUAUUAGUAGCAAAGAAAAAAUCAAGUUGUACCAAGCUGUAAUAGUACAGUGGUGAAAAUUAAGAAAGUAAGAAGAAAAUGGUGUCUGUCUGGUUUAUUAUGAGCCAUGUUUCCUUGUGUUUCUCCAGACCUUUUUAAACCAUAAUCUCAACCUAUAGCCUCCCACAGAGACAUUGAUACUACCAUCGUUUCGAUCCUUAUGUUAUUCAUCUUGCUAUAUUAUACUGUAAUAUGUCAAAUUGAGCUAACGCUCAUUUUCCCCAGGUUUUGCGUUGAUUGUAGCUGCCUGUCGUUUGUAACAAUAAGUCACGGCUACUUCAUUGUGCCUGACCUGUAACCUGCGCCAAGGCAUGUCAAUUAUUUUUUGAAUUUUCAGUUGAACGUCAACAAGUAAGCCCGUUUGUUUGCUAAGUACAGAAAAUGGAGUGGAAGUGAUCAGAUUGUGUUCUGUUUUCGGACUUCGAUCUAUGUUAGCAACAGAUUCAAAAACAUUAUUUCCUGUGUAUCGUGGUUGUUUGGUUCUAUACGUACAUUUGAAAACAGUUUAAGGGGACCAUGUAGUGUUAAAGCCAUUGACAAAUUAUUUUGUAAAUUUAGAGAGAUGGAGUUUGAUGUAUUUGAAAAGUUAAGUGAACUGGAGACUGAAAUCCACAUUUUGAAGAAGGAACUCGAAGAAAAAGAUGCAUUCAUUCAAAACCUGAUGGACAAAAAUACGGACUUAGAACGCCGUCUACUAUCUCUCGAUCAAAACAGUGUGACCGGUGAAAAUAAUUUAUCACGUGUAAAAGAGAUUGCUCCCAACGGUUCGAAUACUACUGAUUCUAAAACAUAUGGUGCAUCAAUAGCUAAUAUGCUUAAAGAAACAUCGGAAGCUGUUGUACGUAAUACAGGCUACACAUUCGACGAACGAACUGGUUUGUAUUAUGAUCAUAAAAGUGGCUACUAUUAUGAUCCGGAAAAUCAGUUAUUUUACGAACCCAAAACCGGGACAUACUAUAAGUACAAUUCAGAAACUGGUGAAUAUACAAAUUAUACUGCAUCAGAAGACGAUGCUAUGAAUAGCAAAUUCAAGGAAUUCUCUCACCCGGUGUAUGCACACUUACUAAAGAAAAUGCAACAGCGCCACAAAGCAGAAAAAGAAAACGAUUAUGGUUACCUAUCAAAGACUGUAUCUAGACAAAGUCGGUCAACAAGCAGUGAUAUUGGUCAUCGUAGAAGACGGAGAAGUCGUAGUCACUCUGGUUCGCAAUACUGUCGUUCAUACUACAAACAUAGAUGUGAAAGCCCAUCAUUUCAUAGACAUACAAGGCGCAGACAAAAAUCUUACAGAUACUCCCAUCGUUCUGGAAGUUCUCGUAGUGAUGAAAGCCGCUAUAAACGUAGUAAACAUCGGAGAAGAAAACACUCUCAUCGACACAGGCAUCGAUCAUCUUCUACUACUGGUUCUGUGUGUUCGUACAAAAGUCGAAAUUUGACACAUUCAAAAAAGAAAAGAAAACGAAAGAACAGAAGUCCUACGGAUAGUUCUAGUAGCACUACUUCUAGUUCUAAUCCUUUAAAACAAAAACCAAAAUCGUUAAUUAAAGAAGAAGUGAUCACAUCAUUUACUGGCGAUCCGGUUGUUUAUCCUCCAUGUGUACGUCUAAUGGUACUAGCAUCACAAUAUGCUCAAACAGGACAACUUUUUAUCAUUACAAGUCAAGAGUCAACUGAAGGCAAGGGUUGUAUUGGCAAAUCGUCUCAUUUAUGUCCAUAUGCACAUUUAACAAACGACCCAGAGAUAAGUGAGUUGCAUUGUGAAGUGAUUUACGAUACAGAUAGUCGUCAAUAUUCUCUACUUGAUCGAGGAUCUAAUUUCACUACGACUAUCAAUGGUAUGACUUUGGCAAAGUGUAAAUCAUCAAUAUUACGUCAUGGUGAUAUAAUACGAUUAGGUUCAACCCGUUUACUUGUACACAUACAUAAUGGUAAUGAAACAUGUGGACAAUGUGAUCCAGACGAGAUUAAGGCUGCUUUAACUUCAAUUAUAGAUGUCAAUGAAACAAUGAAUUCUACAAAUGAUGAUAUUAAUACAGAAAAUCUAACUGAAACACAUUCAUCAAAAGAUGCUGAAAGACGUGCAAAAUUAGAUGAAAUAAAGAAAAAAUAUGGUUUAAAGUUUCCACGAAUAAGACCUCAGGCAAAGACAGACAGACAAUAUAUGGAUCGUGCUGCACAACGACGUGCAAUCGAAGCAAAUUUAAAAGCAGCAGGUUAUCCAUUACCUCCUGCACCAGGUGUAAUAAAACAGCAACUUAUUAAAACUCCACUAAUAACUCGAGCAACACCAGCCAGUGUAUAUAAACCUAUUGGAGAUGAAAAUAAAGGAGCUAAAUUAUUAGCUAAAAUGGGUUGGACACCUGGUCAAGGAUUGGGUAAAAGUAAAACUGGAAUUUCAGAACCGAUAACUGUUAGUUUACGUGUCAAUCCACAAGCUGGUCUUGGUUCAAGCAGUUUAUCAAACAAUACAAUAUCGAUUGAUUCAACACCAAGAGAAUUAUCACAAGCAUAUAUUCGUGCAAAAACAAAAGAACGUUUUGAUAAAUUAUCAUAAUUAUCAUUAUUAUGAAAUGUAUUCAAUAGUUGGAAAGGUUAUGCGUUUAAUGAAUUUAAAGAAUUAAAUUAUAUAAGAAAAGAAGUGUAUAUUUUAUAAAUAGAAUUUUUAUUAUUGA